AUGGAGCUGCGCAGCCCCUGCAGCACGAAGGAGCGUCCCCAGAACGUCACGGAGAAAGUCACUCAGGUGCUUUCUUUGGAGUCUGAUGUGCUUCCUGAGUACAAACUCCAGGUGCCGGAGACGACCUGGUGGAUCUUGCUCCACUACAGUCCCUUCAAGGCCUUCUGGGACUGGAUUAUCCUCCUCCUGGUCCUCUACACGGCCGUUUUCACUCCUUACUCGGCCGCUUUCCUCCUGGACGAACACGGGGACAUACGGCAAAGGAGCUGCGGCUACACCUGUAACCCUCUGAACGUGGCGGACCUCAUGGUGGACGUGCUGUUUAUUGUGGACAUCGUCAUCAACUUUCGAACGACGUACGUGGACCACAACGAUGAGGUGGUGACGCUGCCCAGCCGGAUUGCCAAGCAUUACAUCAAGGGCUGGUUUCCCAUCGACCUGUUUGCGGCCGUCCCCUUUGACCUGCUCAUUUUCAGGUCUGGCUCUGAUGAACCAAAGAUGGCAACUCUAACUAGUCUGCUGAAAACUGCGCGGCUGCUCAGAUUGGUCCGGGUGGCGAGGAAGUUGGACCGCUACUCCGAGUACGGAGCUGCCGUCCUCUUCUUGCUCAUGUGCACCUUCGUGCUCAUCGCCCAUUGGCUGGCCUGCAUUUGGUACGCCAUCGGCUUCGUGGAGAGGCCUUACACCGACAACGGCUGGCUGGACAACCUGGCGGAACAACUCGGGAAGGUGUACAACGAGACGGACUCCACCUCUGGUCCGUCCGUCAAAGACAAAUACGUCACCGCUCUGUACUUCACUCUGAGCAGUUUGACGAGUGUGGGGUUCGGUAACGUCUCUCCAAACACCAACUCUGAGAAGAUAUUCUCCAUCUGCGUCAUGGUCAUCGGAUCCCUGAUGUACGCCAGCAUUUUUGGGAAUGUGUCGGCCAUCAUCCAGCGACUGUACUCCGGCACGACCCGCUACCACACCCAACUGCUGCGGGUCAAGGAGUUCAUCCGCUUCCACCAAAUUCCGGGUGGUCUCCGGCAAAGGCUGGAGGAGUACUUCCAGCACGCCUGGUCGUACACCAACGGCAUCGACAUGAACGCUGUGCUGAAGGGAUUUCCCGAGUCUCUGCAGGCAGACAUCUGUUUGCACCUGAACCGCUCUCUGCUGCAGCACUGCAAGGCUUUCCAUGGAGGAAGUCAGGCGUGUCUGCGUGCUUUGGCUUUCCGGAUCAAGACGGUCCACGCCCCUCCACGAGACACCCUCAUCCACUGCGGAGACAUCCUGGACUCCCUCUUCUUCAUCUCUCGUGGCUCCAUUCAGGUCAUGCGAGAUGAUGUUGUCGUAGCCAUUCUAGGACAGAACGACAUCUUCGGGGAGCUUAUUUACCUGUAUGAUGAACCUGGACGGUCCAAUGCAGAUGUGCACACCAUCACAUACUGUGACCUGCACCGUAUUCCAAGAGAGGCCCUGCUUGAGGUUCUGGAAAUCUAUCCGAACUUUGCGGACAAAUUCUGGAAGAAUCUGCAGAUCACCUUUGACCUGCGUGAUGCUGAUCAAGGUCCACAAGUAACAACAACUGAUGAUUCUGGGGACGACUGCGGGUAUCGGCACAAAGACAGACACAGAGUCCACAACCUGGACUGUCGAAUAAGACCAGAGGGAAUCGAUCAUGAAGACUCGUACCACCUCCAGUCCUGCCAUCGCACACCUCAGACCACCUGGGAGGACCUCUGGACCAGCGGGUCUUCAUGCUCUCAGUCCAGUGAAAACGUGACGGCGCCUGUGGCCCACAACGCCAGAAUUGAGCGGUACCCUACAGAGGAUGCCAAACCUUCUGCUGUGCAGCUCAUACCCCUGAGUGAAGCCUCGUUGGGGAGGGAUACGGUCCAGGGUCAUCAGGCCUCAUCCUUAAAUGUCCCGAGAGGGUAUCAAUACUGGCCAGAUCAACAGUCCCAACAGUUUUCCCAUCCCGCCUGCCGAUCUGCCCCCGUCCGGAAUUCAAGCCGCCGCCCACUAUUCACAGAAGAAAGGCCCAGUGAGCUCCAGUUCCGGCUUGAAGUCUUACAUUCACAACUGAACAGGCUGGAGACUCGCAUGACAGCAGACAUAAAUGUAAUUCUGCAGCUUCUCCAGAGGCAGAAUGCUCCUGUUCCCCCGGCUUACAGCACUGUAUCCUCCACCAGCCUCCUCCCUGAAUCGACGCCUCUCUAUGGGAGUGACACUGCAGCGCUCCACAGCAUGUUCCCCAUAACCUCAGUAAAGAUGGAGACCGCACAGGGGGUGGAACGCACUGAUGUUGAACUCGCCAAAAAGUCCCAGGAGUCUCUGUCCAGCGGCGUCCAUAUGGCUGCAGCCUCUGAUGACACAAUGGCCAUGACGGUCACUCCUGAAACGGAGACACACGCGGGCUUGACCCCUCAGCUGCCUCAACAGUCGGUCAAAUCCGCCCUCAGUUCCAGACUUACCAAGAAACCCCGUUUUCCCUCAAUGCCGGGGAACCUGGACUUGCCUCCAGAACCGUGCGAGAUGCAGAAACACGCCUCAGACCCGUCACUGCCGGUCACCUGAAAGCCAAGGCGACUUCCUGCUGAUCGCCUGUCUGGAAACAAAUUAGUCUCCAAAUAUUUAAAAACUCUAAAGACUUCUGAGUCAUGGACUGACAGGUAUCGGUUUCUUUUUAAUGGACAAUUGAAGAAAAAUCCUCCUUACACCUCAUCUUAUGAGUUUCAAAUUCAGAUUAGUUUUUACUUUUGAUUCCUUUGUCAUCGUUCUUCUGUGUGCUUUAGUCUCAAUCUUUGGUAUUUGGACUUUCAGGUAAGAAAUUAGAAUUUCUCCUGCUUUGUUUUAACUAAUUCUUUGUCUUUAUUUAUGUUCAGUUUGCAGUUCUUCUCCGGUAUUUCUGGUCUAAAACUGAAUUAAAAACUGAAAGACAAAUGUGGACAAAAGUCCAGCCUUAAUUCGGAUUUAUAAAUCUCAUGUAAUUUUUCUCUCCUCAACCGUUUUUGUGUCAUUUAUAAAGAAAAUACGGGUUUUUAGUUUUUAGUAGUAAUUGUUUUUUUUUUUUUUUUUAGUUGGGGCAUUUAUUUAUUUGCCUUAAAUUGUCAUAAUUGAUUAAAAUAAUUAUUCUUCUUGUGUUUUUGUUGUUGUAUGAUUGCUCCUUUGAUUUGUAAUCUAUAAACCUGUAAAUGUAAAAGAAAAGGGGGUUUUAGAAAAAAAAUACUCACAGAGGGAACAAAUUUAGAAAGUAUAGAGGAUUAAGGCGAUGGAUGGGGGAAAAAAAAGAGGCAAAUGGGAAAUUCUGACCUUUAUCUUAGAAUUCUGACUUUAAUCUAAAGUUUCCACGGCCCUGAUCCUCUUCCAUAAGAAAGUGACCUUAAAUCACCCUCUAAAUUUGCCACAUCUUGAACGAUAUAUAAAAUUUGAAAGUGCCGAUUUAAACUCUCUUUUAUACACACAAUUUAUUUGAAAAGGGGAAAAAA